UUACAAACUAACAACUAUUAGAAGACGUUAUUUUUGGGCUCCCUGUAAUCCUGUAAUUUUUGCCCGCCAUCAUCAACAAGCAGAUAUGCCAAAAUCCAUAAACUAUAAACCCUACAAUCUACAAAUAAAAAGCUUCCAGUUUAAUCGGAGAAUUCUGGAAUGAAAUUUCAUGGCGUCCUCUCAAAUUCCCCUUCACCGAGUCCACACUUUGUGCCGAGCUUUCCAUUGCUUUGGGAGAAACUUCUCAGUAUCCCAAAGAGCUUACAGGAGCAGCUGCGUCGAAUUCCCCUCAGAUUGUAAUGUUAACUCUCGGUUCCCGCAUUUCCGUAAGCAUCACAGCAGGCUUUCUUUCCGAUUGAGGUCUCGAUUUUCGGGAGUUGCUUGUGAGGCGCCUUCGGCAAAUGACGCUAAUGACAAUGGAAGUGUUGGUUUGGAAUAUGAUAAGGGGAACGAUAACUUGGCGGGUAAUGUUGAUUCAGGCAAAAUGAUGCUUAUUGAUGGGACAGCUAUCAUUUACAGAGCAUAUUAUAAACUUCUCGCUAAGCUACACCAUGGCCAUCUUUCGCAUGCUGAUGGCAAUGGAGAUUGGGUCUUGACCAUUUCUACAGCUCUGUCUCUUAUAAUUGAUGUUCUGGAAUUUAUUCCGUCACAUGUUGCGGUUGUUUUCGAUCAUGAUGGCCAAAACUUCCGUCACACACUUUACCCUGCAUACAAAAGCCAUCGUCCUCCUACUCCUGAUACUAUUGUUCAGGGACUUCAGUAUCUGAAAGCAUCCAUCAAGGCCAUGUCUAUCAAAGUGAUCGAGGUGCCUGGGGUUGAGGCUGAUGAUGUCAUUGGGACCUUGGCUUUGAAGAGUGUUGAUGCUGGGUUCAAGGUACGAGUUGUCUCGCCAGACAGAGAUUUUUUCCAGAUCCUCUCACCAUCAUUGCGCCUUCUGCGGAUUGCUCCUCGUGGAUCUGAGAUGGUUUCAUAUGGAAUAGAAGAUUUUGUCGAACGUUAUGGAUCUCUGAAGCCUUCUCAGUUUGUUGAUGUUGUUUCACUCGUUGGUGAUAAGUCUGACAAUAUACCAGGUGUGGAUGGAAUUGGAGAUGUUCGUGCAGUUCAACUAAUAACAAAAUUUGGUACACUAGAGAACUUGUUGCGAAAUGUUGAUCAAGUUGAGGAUGAGAGAAUCAGACAGAUCUUGAUAUCAAAAUCUGAGCAAGCUGUUCUGAGUAAGAAUCUGGCUAUGCUACGCUCUGAUCUUCCAUCCUAUAUGGUUCCUUUUGCAACAAACGACCUUGUGUUCAGGAAGCCAGAGGAUGAUGGCGAGAAAUUCAGAAGCCUUUUGACAGCUAUAAGUGCUUAUGCAGAAGGUUUCUCAGCAGAUCCUAUCAUUAGAAGAGUGAUUUCUCUAUGGAAGAAGCUAGAGAAGCAGCAGACCAGAUGA